AAAGAACCGAAAGCAGUACUGGAUAAAGAAGGAGAAGAAGUAGUUGCUUUUGUUUAUGGUAGUAGUAGCAUGCAAAAUAAUGUUGUGGUAAGUUCAAUUGCUUGUCAGUUUUUUCUUUUGAAUGUUGUCAUAAAUGUUAUAUUUCCAUUACCUUCUGUUUUUGAGGGAAUUGGGGGAUAUGAUUUUAACUUGCUUCUAAAUUAAGUUUAAGAAUCUUCUUGUGGCCUAAAUAUCAGGAUUCGAAAGUCAUCACUAUUAGUUUGGAGAAUAAUGCCCUUUACCAUUGUAUUUUGCCAAAGAACUCUUAGCUGAGAGCAUUCAGCACCUCAAGAAGUUAACCUUCGUUGCCUAUCAAAGGUGAUAAUAGGCAAGCUUUUGUAUGAAUAAAUGAUCAAUGAAUCUGGAAACUUGAGAAAUAUUCAUACUAGUGUGUUACAGAGCAUGCCAUUAAUUUAUAUUAAUGAGUGUGAGAUUUAAUAUUAUGGGUUUCUGUACUAAUUGAUAUUAGGAGACAGGUAAGAGGCUUCCAACUAUUAGAUUUUUGUUGCAUGUGUAUAAAAUAAAUUUCUCCAGGUCAUAGAUGGUUAUGUUUUUGCUAUUCAAAUGAUUGUGGAAUUUCAAAUGUUUAACCAAACUUUAGUGCCACUUAAUUAAUGGGUUUAUUGGAUAUUUGUUAGUGAUACACAAAUCUGAAGGGUUCUGAAUCAUGAAUCACAUACGAAUACAAUCUCUAUCAUUACUUGUUACGCAAACCAAUUCUACUAUUUUAGUUAAACUAAGAGGGCUGACCAUUUUAAAAUUGCUGAAUGAAACUUUGGUUGACACCUCUCCUAUUAACUCUUCGAGUUAAAGAGACGUCCUAAUUUCGGAAACAACACAAAACUAAUAGCUUAAGUUACAGUUGAAUUAUUAAUCAUGAACAAUUAACAGUCCUUAAAACCUUUGGUUUCACAUAGACGAAGGUGUUGGAAUGUUUCAAUUUUCCAAAUUUGUUUCUGCUUGGUUUAGGAACUAUUUAUUACUUGUAUGUCUUCAUUAUGGUACAGUAGGAUUUGGAAUCUUCUGAAUUUGGUCUAUAUAUUAAGGAAGAAUCACCAUACUUGUUGUCCUUCUUGUUGCAAAGCUGAAAACUUCAACCAUGUCUGACAAUAUUCCUAAGAAAUUGCCAUUUGUUGAGGUGCUCUUAAGGUUACAAGUCUUGACUCUUGGACAAUUUUGCAUCAACAUUAUGCUCUUCUCAAAAUUAUAGACCACAAUUUAUCAAACUUCAUUACUGUAGAAGAAAAACUUUAGGCUCCUCUGAAGUUGAUAAGAUUGUCGCUGGAGCUUGUAUCAGGAUUCACAAGUUAUAACCAUCAAAGAUUUGCAACAAAAAUGCCAAAAAUGGUCAAACUUUUUCCUCAGCUCAAGCAAUGUCAAAGAUGGAAAAGACUUCUGUUUCUCAAAGUGGCUUUAUCGACAAGAAAAGAGAGGCAGUGGUGUUUAGUGCUAAUCAAGAGCAUUUUCUCGAUUUACGGAAAAGUGAGUACGUUCAUAAUUGGCAACCGUAUAAAUUAUGAUUACCUUAUGGUACUUUAUCUCCUUAGAUGGAACUUCCCAAGAGAAGGAAAAGAGAGGGGCAACAAAUCUCUGUAUAUGAAAGACGUAGAAGGAAAAUUUGCAACUAGUCAAUAUAAAUGAAAAAAUUACUCCAUAAAACUUAAAAUGUUUAACUAUCAAUAAUAAGACCUAUAUAAAGAAAAAUUUUGAAGACCUUUAUAAUUAUAGGGAAAAUAAAAGAUAUAGUGACUGCUAUGUUGGCUGAUAUUAAUUUGAGGAAAAAGAAGAAAUAUGUGGAUUCUUUUCUCUUGUCACAGGAAAAUAAUAACUCAAAAGUACUCCUCAAAUAAUCUAAAAUAUUUAGUUAUUGGAUGCCUAGCCCCCUUUUUUCAGAGGAAUCUUCGUUUAAGCUUUGGAAUCAAAGAGCUAGUGAACAAUCACACAAAGUGCAAAGUUAUACCUUCUGCUGGGUAAUAUGGAGAAUUCUUACACAGAUAUGGUUCACAUGAUUCAAUGUGAGCUGUUGUUUCAUGUGCUUCAAAGUUUACAUUUGUACUAGGAAAAAAACGUUUCAACUUUUGGUUAACGUGAAUUCAGUGAUAAGGUAAUACAUAGUUUACAUACUUAAUUUUAUUACUUUGACCAAGCAGAACAUUCUUAACGUCUUGCAAAACCUCUUGAAAACAGUAGAUUAUAACUUCAAAUGUUUAUACUGUUCUAAUGGGUGUAAACUUUGAUGGACAAGGCACAAACACAUACGUCAUAUUAUUAUGGGAUGCAAAAGUUUGAUGAAGUGAUGAAAAGUUGGUUACUUUUUUUUUUUUUGAGUGUUUUGGUAUGCAGAAAGUUUGUUAUUUUUACUUGUUUUCAUGUUUUGUUUGCUUGAAGUUAUAUAAUUUUACUGCAUUUUCCAGCAUUGUGUCCUGCAAAAUUCUGUGUUAUAGGUGAAUAGUUGGCUAUAAUGACUACGAAUUUACCCAUUUUCUCUCAAUCUGGAUUUUUGGUAAAUCAACAUGGACUAGGCAUUGAUUUUAACUGUCCUUACCUCUCUUUCCUGCACUUCACUUCCCCAUAUGGCUUUCUCUCUAUUCUAACAGAGCCUUAAAAUCCUGGUUGUUAAAUAUUUUCUAUUUGUACUUCAUCUGACUUUCCUGCCUAACAUGUCCAAAGAGGACCGACACCUCAACAAUUGCAUAAGCAUCUUUUGUUUCAUCUGGAAAUCCUAGCCAUUGAUUCCAAACUUGGUCAUCUCUUGGCCUUAAUUUGUUUUUUAUAAUUGGAGCUGUGAUUGUUUACAUGCGUCCCCCAUGCCAAAAAUUUUAUAAAACUGACGCACAUCAACAAUAAAUUUAAAUACUCGUAUUUUAACGGAUUAAACUUGUCUUCGACGAGUGUUUAAGUUUUUGAAGCUAUCUUAUUGUUCGCUCUUCCCUGUUAUCUCCUAUAACUCCCUUUUGUACUUUUCCCUCAGGCCCACCUCCACCUCUAUCACUCUCUUCAGCACUUUUCUCCAUUGCCCUCAUUAUAAUCUUCCUCUGUUGCUCCCUAGAUUCGGUUUCUUUCCUGCAACUGUACUUCCUCACAAUGCUUCUCUUUAUCCAAACUAAGAUUGAGAAUUGUCUUUCUUACUCUCUGUUUCGAAGUCCAGAGUGGACCAAGGGCCUUGACAAUUGUAUAAACAAUAACCUUUGUUUUAUCUACAAAUCCUAGCCAUGCAUUCCAAACUUGAUCACAUCUGGACCAUUAAUUAUCUCCUGCAAUUGGAGGUCUGACAGUUUAUACCUGUCCUCCAUGCCAAAAAUUCUUAUCAAUCUGAUGCAAGUUGACAAUAACUUUUAAGUGCUCUUACUUUAACGGAUUAAAACAUAUGCCUUCAAAUAAGUGUUUAAGCAUGUGAAAAUAUCCUUGUCUUCACACUUCACCUGUCAUCUCCAACAACCCCCUUUUGUACUCUUCCCUCAACCCCACUGCCACCUUCUUCACUCUUUUGAGCAGCUUUCUUCCCUUCACUUGUCAUAAUCUACCUUUCUGUUCCUCCCCAAAUUGUUUUCUGUCGUGCUUCCUCACACUGCUCUCUCCCAACAAAGGCCUAAAACUGUAGCCUCUGAAUACUUUCCUUUACCUCGGUGUACUGUACCUCACUUUAUUAGCACUUCUGUGUCCAGAGAGGACCAAGAGCCUCAACAAUUGCUUAAACAAAAUCUUUUCUUUUAUCUACAACUUCUAGCUAUCCAUUCCAAGAUUGAUCACGCCUGGACCACUUAUUGUCUCCUCCAAUUGGAGAUGUGAUUGUUUACGCCCCUCCUCAUGCCAAAAAUUCUUAUAGAUCUGAUGCAAAUCAGUACUAACUUUAAAUGCUUGUGCUUUAACGGAUGAUAUCUUAUGUGUCCCUCAAGUGUUUGAAGCCAGCAUUUGAAACCAUCCUUCUGUUCACACCUUUAUCUUCAACAACCAUCUUUUGUAUUUUUUCCUCAAUCCCAUCUCCACCUCCUUUAUUUACUAAAGCAGUUUUCUCCCUCGCCCAAUUUUCCUGUCUUCCUCCCUAAAUUUGGUUUCUUUCAGUCCCUUUGGAGGCACCUAGCAGAAAAUAUUUUCAGCAUCCCCCCCCCCCAACCACCCCAAAAAAACAGAAAAAAAAAAACUCCGAAGCACCAAUCAAUCUGCCCCAUUUCUGUGUUUGAGGAUCAUUCUGUGAUUAAAAGAGCAGAAGUCAGAAACUUCAUACUGUUGAAGUCUGCAACCAUGUCUGCAUAUAUUCCUCAGCUCUUCACCGAGGUGCUAAUAAGGUUACCCCUGAAAGCUCUUGCACGAUUUCAGUGUGUAUCGAAAUCAUGGAAAGCUCAGAUUGACAAUUUGCAAUUCGUCAAGAUGCAUUAUGACAGAACAAAGGAGUCUGACUCGGCUGAAGUUCGUAUUCUUGUUGGAGGUUCUAAUUAUGGCACUCAUAAACUCUUCUCCAUAAAUGUACAUGAUAUUCUUAGCUUUGAUCUUGAUGAAGUAUGUGGAAGAGCUAAAAAAAUCAAGAUCUCCCAUAAACUAAAUCAUGGUAUUUAUGAACUUCAUGAUUUUUAUGGAUGUCAAAUCCUUGGAUCAUGUAAUGGCCUAAUAUGUCUUGGUUUACUAUUUGGAACUGCACCUUUAGCUCUGACCUUUGUGAAUCCUUUAACUCGAAAGAAAUGGGAUUUACCGUGGUUCCCUAAACAUUACCCUGGAGGAACUAGUCAUCAUUAUGGUUUUGGGUACAACGAAGUUACUGAUGACUACAUGUUGGUAGUUUUAACUGAAAAUCCUUCUAUAGAAGUCAUGGUUUAUAGCUUUAAUUCAAAUUCUUGGAAGGUUUUGGAUUCACCAUUUGAGGGUGCGACAGCUUUUGAUGAUCAAGUUAGAGGUGUUUUCAUUGGUAAGGCUUUGCAUUGGGUCAUGAGAGAUUGGAAUUCCAUGGAUGUUUUUGUUGUUGCCUUUGAUCUCCAAACUGAGCAAUUUUAUUCCAUGCUAUUACCUGAGUACCCUGGUGGUAGCAUUCACUGGAAUGUAUGUUUAGGGAGUUCGGGUGGUUGUCUUUCUGCAGUUUUUAUUGGUAGGUAUCCAACUUAUGUUGUUGAUAUGUGGGUGAUGAGAAAAUAUGCAGAUGAGGAUUCUUGGUUUAAGUAUACUUUGAAGCUCCCAAUUUGCAGACUGUAUACUUCUGUUGUUCCCAUUGCCUUGACCAAGGGUUAUAACCAUCAUGUUCUUUUACAAAUUAUGUUUGAUAGUUUCAAUGAAGGCUCCAACUCUCUUCUCCUAUACAACUUAAAGGGAAGGUCUGCAACAUUCCUCCGUAAUCCUGUUGCACUUUCAACUUUGGCUGCAUGUGUUUGUUCUGGAAGCCUCCUCCUGCCUUCUGGUGGUCGCGCAAGAAGAGGAAGCCUUCUUUCCGGUGGUCUUGGACGUUGUUGAGCAAAACUCAGAGCAUGGAGAAAACCAAUUUGCUUGAUCCCACAGCAGGAUCAGCAGGUGAAGGUUGACAGCAAAUUUCAAAAAGAAAAAUGUUUCAUGUAGUGUCUGCGGCAUCUUGUUUGAGGAUUCUGCUUAUUAAUUUUGCACAGUUUACUUCAUGUAUGAUCAAUAAUGUAACAUGAUUUUGGUUUUUGUGCUGGCCUAUGGAGUAUGAUUCACUUUC